AUGCAGAUACUCACUACGCUUUUCAUUUUCUGUAAUGAAAUCGGAGAUCAAGGAGCAGAAUAUAUUGCAAAUGCACUUACGACUAAAAUGGGUAAUACUCUAAUUAGAGCAUCGGUGUUUUUUGCAAAUAUUCAACUCUCACAAAAGACACUAACUACACUCGAUCUUAGCUCCAAUAAAAUUGAAGAUCACGGAGCACAAUGUCUUGGGAAUGCUCUUAUGAUCAAUACGACACUCAUUGCACUUCGUAUCGACUCGAAUAUCAAAACAGAUCGUGGUGCUCAUUAUUUUGCGAAUGCUCUUUCACACAACACUGUAACUCAUGAUUUAAUACAUAUUGUCGGCUUAAAUCUACAACCAUUAUAG